UGUUUAUGUUGAGAGUGUAAAGCACAGGCUUUUGCUUUACACAGUAGUUUUUAUAGCUCUGGUCACUCUGGUAUAGACUAGAUCUCUAGAUCUAAUCUAAAAAUGUUUAAUCGAUUAAGAAAGAAAAAGGAUGAAAAGCCUUCACCUUCCACCACCAGCAGAUUUAGCCUUCCCAGCUUGCUUGCUAACAGAAAUGACAGCAAUGAUAUCAGUGAAGCUCAGGGCUUUUUGUGUCCAACAUGUAUGAUCAAUUUCCCUGGUGCUGAUGCUUUACAAGCCCACUUUGAUACGGUGCACAAUGAAAGUAACACAGUGCCAGCACAAGAUCAAGGAGAAGGUUUUCUAUGUCCAAUGUGCAAGCUGUCUCUGACUUCACCAGAGGAGCUUACCUCCCAUUAUGAGACUGCUCAUAGCCAAGAUGCACCAACACCCAGUGUGCCAGUCUUAAAAAAUGGUGAAAUAUCAGGCUUGGAAAUUCAAGAGCUAAGGAAAGAAAUGGAGAUGUUGCAGGUACAACUGAGGGGUUCAGAGGAAAGCAGAAGUCUGUUGUCCAAUGAAAUUUUUCAUAAAGAACAAGAAACUACAGCUGCUGUAAUGCAAUUGGGAAUGUUAAAACUUGAGAAAGAGAAACUGGAGACUAAAGCUGCUCAACUGGCUGGAGAUUUGGCAACAAUGAAAGCUAAGGUUGAUGAAAGUGAAGGCCAGAAGACAGUUCUAGAUGAUCAUAUUAAAACACUUAAGGCUCAACUUGAGGACAAAAACAGCUAUGUGAAAAACCUAGAAACCCAACUGGCUAUGAGUGAAAAAGAACUUGCCAAGAAGCCAGCUGCCGAUGAUGUUUUUGUCCUAAAGCAAGAACUGAUCUCUGUUCAAACCUUGAUGGAUAAUAUGACACAGGAGAGAGAGAAAGAAAAGGAAGAAUUGGAGAAAGAAUUCAACAGUUUAAAAGCAAAAUUUUCCUUGAAAGAAGCAGAAUUAAUUCAAUUGCAGUCCAGACUAGAGGAGUCUCCCAAAUCUGAGGAAAUUUCAAAACUUCACACCUUACUAAGUGAAAAAGAGAAAAGUUUAGUAGAAUUGAAUUCAGAUAUACAGAAACUAAAAGAUGAAAUCAAUGUGACAGUUGACAGUAAACAAAAGCUUCAGGCUCAAGUGGACCAGUUGUCCUGCUCAGCUGGGGAAGGCCAGGGUGUGAUCGCCAAGCUGCAGGAAGAUGUCUUGAGGCUGGAAGGGGAGAAGAAGAACAUUCAUAACACAUUGCUGACCACACAGGACACUCUUCUGACCACGCAGAACACACUACUGCAGGCACAGACUGAACUGAACAAAACUUUAACAACUGUAGAAGAAAAUACCAAAUCAAUCCAAGAUCAAGCUACAAAAGUGAGUCAACUGGAGAAAUCCUUAGAGGAAAAACUAGCGCAGCUGAAAGAAUACAAAGAAGAGGCUGAGAAAAGCAAACAAGCUUUAGAGGCAAGCAGACAGGAAUUUUAUGAGGCAGAUAAAAAGUUAAAAGAAGGUGGUAAGAAUUUGCAGGAGCAGACAUCAGAACUCUCUCAACUGAAGAUCACUUUUGAGGAGAAAGAAAAGGAACUAGCCAAACUUAAAGAAGAGACUGAAAGCUUUAAAGAAAAAUUAAAUGAAGCAACAAAAGAGAUAUCUACACAACAAAACAAACUUGAAGAGAGCACAACGUCAUUAGAAGAACGAGCUUCACAAAUUUUACAACUUCAGUCUACUAUUGAUGAAAAGGAGGAGACAAUCAGUCGAGCUAAUGAAGAGAUAGAGAAAAAUAAAGAAGUUUUGGGAGAUCUAAGCAGUGAACUUGAUGCAGUGAAAAAGUCUCUCCAUGAUCGCACCAAAGAGCUGGAAGAUAUCCAGAAGGUUAUGGGAGACAGUGAAAGUACACUACAGACUGUAUUGGUUCAGAAAGAUCAACAACUAAAUGAACUCAAGUUCCAGAUUGAAAAGCUCCAAAAUGAACUGGAUACUAAAUCUAGUGAGAUCUUGGAUCUACAAAAAGAAAUGUUAGGUUCAAACAGAAUGUUUGAGGAUGAGCGUCGAUCAAAUGAUGAGUUUAAGUCACAGUUAGUUGAAAAAGAUGGAAAGUUAGAAGCUGAUGCUAGAAAAAUCAGCAAUUUAGAAGAGCAGUUAAAAGAUGUUGAAGCCAAACUGACCUACAUGACUGUGGAGAAAUCUCGACUUGAAACUGAAAGAGAAGAGUUAUCUGCUAAGAUUGAUGCAGGAGAAGGAGCCAAUGAAUUGAUCAGCCAGCUGAAACAGGAAAAUAAUGCAUUACAAGAGAAAGUUUCUUCUCUGGAAUCCUCUUUGAAAGACCAGACACUGGACCAUUCCACUAAAGAAGAAUCUUUACAUAAACAAAUGACAGAGCUGAGGAAUCAGCUCCAGGAGUCUGAGGCCAAAGUUUCAAAGCUGGAAUCAAGUCUUGAGGAAAAAUCUACCAAGAUAAAUACUAUACAACAAAAGCUUGUUGCAUUGGAAUCUGAAUUGAAGACUAAAGCUGAGCUAUUAUUAGCAUCUGAUUCUGCUAAAGCCAGUCAAAGAGUGGACCUUGAGAAUCACAUCAAGACAGUCACAAGUUCACUGGAGAAAGCAAAUAGUCAGUUGGCAGGAGUCAAAACACAACUUGAUCAGGCUAACACAGAUAUUUCAACCAAGAAAGAGAAGAUAACUCAACUCGAGACCAAACUUGGUGAACAAAAAGAAAAACUGUCACAGACAAACCAGAAGUGUAAUUCACUUGAGAGGGAACUUAAAGAAAAAAAUGUAAAGCUAGCUCAAUUAGAGAAAGAGAAAACAGAGACAGAACAGACUCUGGAGACCAAUAAACAGACUUUAGAUAUGACCAAAGGGAAAUUAAAAAAGGCAGAACAAGACUUGGAGGCUGAGACUAAAUCUCGUGCGGUAGAAAAAGGUGAUCUAACAAAAAACUUCGAAAAACUUGUUACAGAAAAAGAAGAUUUACAGCAGAAACUUGAUUUCAAGGAAAAAAAUUUAGCAGAAACUGAAAGAAAAUUAAAUGAAGUGAUGAUAUUGCUAGAAAAUACAAAAGAGGAUGUAAUCAACAAACAGACAGAAUUAAAAAAUUGUCUUGAGGAUUUAUCUAAGCUGAAGGAGAGCUCCACUGCCCAAAUAUCAUCAUUAACAACACAAAUAGAGAAGGAAAAAAGUUUAGCCGAAGGAUCCAAGCAAGAAUUACAAAGACAAGUGACCUUAUUGACUGAAGAAAGAAAUAACCUAAACCAAGAGAAGAUGUCACUAGUGAGUCAAGUGACAGAGUUCAAUGUCCAGAAUCAGCAGAAGUUAACUGAAAUAGAAAAUCUAAAAACUCAGUUAGAGGAAGAAAAGAAGAAACUUAUGUCUGAUAAAGCCAAUGUGGAAGCAGAGUUUAGUGAAAAAGACAAAAAUUAUCAAAAUCAGAUAAAAUUACUGGAGGAAAAGAUUACAUCAGAGAAGCUCAUUGUUCAAGAGAAAGAAAAAAAUAUUGGAGAGCUCACUAAUAAGGUUCUUCAACUUGAAAACACAAAGUCUUCCUUGGAAACAGAGAAACAAAAACUGGAAACAGACAAAUCUGAACUUCAAACUAAAGUAGACUCACUGACACAGGAGAAAGAUGCCACAGAAAAACAUCUAACAGAAUCUUUACAGUCUGUGAAAUUAGAAUGUGCUGAACUGAGUGCUCAAGUGAAGAGCAAAGAAGAAAAAAAUCAACAAAUUGAGGUGAAAAAUGAAGAGUUGACUUUGAAGCUGCAGCAGAGAGAAGAGGAACUCAAGGCCAAAACUGACCAGUUGGAAGUGUCUCGCCAGAGAGAGACCGAACUAAAUAAUUCUUUUGAAGAGCUCAGUGAGGUCCGUGGCGCCAUGAACAAACAAAUGUUAGACUUAGAUAAAGAGAAGAGAGAGGCCAUGGAGGCAAAUGAAAAACUUGUUAAAGAGAAGGAAGUAUUGGAGAAAGCUAAGCAAGAUUUGGAGAAACUUUAUGAAGAUGCUGCCUCUGAAAGAGACAACUAUAAGAAGGAUUCUGAGAAUCUUAAGUUACAGCUAGAUACCAAGCAAGAAGAAUGGACAAAAGAAGUGUCCAGCCUUCAGGAAGCUAAGGAUUUAUUGAUACAACAGAAAAUGGAAUUACAGGCUGAUGUAAACAGACUUCAGGGAGAGUUUUCAAAAAUGAAUGCAGUUGUGGAGAAGACCAAACAAGAAGCAGAUGAAGUGCAAAAGAUCUUGCGUCAAGACAAUUCAACACUGCAAGAUAAAUUAGCUUCUCAAAAGCUAAUGCAUGAAGCUCUACAGAAAGACAAAGAUGAAGCUGAGGCCAGGUUUGAAAUGCAGAGCUCUUUACUGAGUGAGAACUUGACCACCAUCAGGGCUGACUUCACUGUAGCUGAGAGCAAAGUGGAUGAACUGACCAAACUAAAUGAUCAGCUACGAGGAGAGAAACUAGAAUUAGAAGCUAAAUUAGAACAUAAUAAUGAUGAAAGGCGAUUGCUAGUAGACAGAUGUGUUGCAAGUGAGAAAGAAUGUGAAAAGCUGCGGGACAAAGUUGCAGAACAGAGACAUAAGCUUGACGACAUGCAGGCAGCACUACAAGAACUGGGCAGAGAAAACCAGACACUGCAAAUAACCACAACUAAAGUUCAGGCUCGUAAAUGGUUAGAUGACAGUGAGGUUACUGAGUGUACAUCUUGUGGAAAAGUUUUCUCUGUCACUGUCAGAAAGCACCAUUGUCGAAACUGCGGACACAUCUUCUGUAAUGAAUGCUCCAGUAGAUUAGCUCAAGUUCCAACAAUUAAAAAACCUGCCAGGGUGUGUGAUGGUUGUUUUACGGAGAUCAACAAUAAGAAAUAAUCAACGACCUUUAACUCCUAGCAAUAAACUGUGACCUUGACUCGAGGCAUGUACAUACUGCAGUAGCUUUAAAACUGAUUGAAAGAAGUGUACUAAAGAAGUGUACUACAGAAGUAUACUAGAGAACACAUAUAUUAUAGAAGACCUACUUUUUAAGUUGUUCAAUUCAUUGACAUAAUAUUUUUUUGUUUUUUCAAUUGUAGAUUAUUUUUAAAAGUCAACCUGUCCACAUUGUAGAGCAGAUUGCAAAUUUUUUUCCUUAAUUGCUAAAGGGAAAUUUGUUGUUAGCUCUUCCAUAUUUCACAUAACCACAUUUGAAAUUUACUAUCAUGAUAGUAGACUGUUUUGUACCAUCAAACAGAAAUAGAAUAACUCUCUUCACUUAUCCCAUUCAUCAUCAUCAGGCAAGCAUCAUUACUUAGAGAAGGAAUGUUGUAGUCUCAUGGAUACGAUUAGUCUUCAAAUAGACUUUAACUAUCAGUCUGUUACACUAAUUAGGUGUGUCUGUAAAAUUAUUCUGCUCUUGAGGCGGGUUAGUUUUUCUUUUUUUGUUUAACCUGAUGAGUUGAGUCUGUGCAAUUAUCCCUCAACCUGUUGACGUAUUUCUGUGUGGAAUUAGUACAAAACUUCAUAGGAUCCUAAUACAUAGUAUCAUGUGAUCCUAAUACAUAGUUUCAUGUGAUCCUAAUACAUAGUUUCAUGUGAUCCUAAUACAAAGUUUAGUGUUGUUUAAGAGCAUUUUUUUUUUACUUUGGUGAUUAUUUCUUUUAGCAUUAAUAGAUUACUAUUUAAUGUAAAUUUGUAUUGUCUAAGCAAUGGCUUAAUCUUUAAACAGCAAUACAUUUUUUUAAAAAUUAUUCUUCCUUUAAACAAAAAUUUAUAAUUUGUAAAUAUAACUAUAUCAUCUACAGUGUCAUGAUGAAUAUAACUUCAUUAUUUUAGUAAUUUUAAUGAUGUGAGUAUGGUACUUUAAUAUUUUAAUAAAUUUUGUGUUUACAAAUAUUAAGGUGCAUAGUUUGAUUGUCCGUAAUACAUCUCCUUGUUAGUAUUACAUUCUUGGUGUUCAACUGCAUCAUUCUAGUGGGUGGUUUAGGUUGAUGAUGUUUUUAUGCUGCCUUAAGUUGUCCAAGAAACAAAAACUCAGCAAUGUUCCUGAGGCAAUAAAGUCUUCUACUUGUAACUCAAAGAUUCUCAGCCAAGUGAUUACAUAAUUUAACCCACAUGUAAAUUGGAAGUACCACAGAAGACAUAAAGAUCUUUUGUAUAACAAGUCUUUCAUUGUUAGGCUUUCAAUUUGUUUUAAAUUAUUCUAUUAGUUUAAACAAAAAUACUUUAAGUCUGCUCUGUUUUCAAUGGGUCACCCUUGAAUGGACCAACACAUUCAUGACUGACUUGACAGUUAUGUUGACCACUUUUAACCCUAACUCAAGACUGAUCUCUGCAACUAGAUGCAGUUGGUCAUUUAACACUCAUUGGAAGAGGGGUUGGUGUCUUUAUAACCUGGCCAGUCAACUGUUGUGUUUCUCAAGCAUGUGUCAAUAAAACUGAGGGACCUUGUUUUAAAUGCUUUCAACCUAGAUAUUGCACAUUAUUAUAAUAAUAUUAUAUUAUUUCACAACAUUGUUGCUCUAUUUUAAUGGUAACAUGUUCAAUGCAAGUGCUACAAUGUGUGUUAUUGUUAUAGGAAAUAUCAUAAUGAAUAGAGAGUAUAUUUAACCUUUGUGAUUUGUGCUGCAAUCUGUGAAAACUAUCUAUAUUAUUUAAUACCCCAUUUUUUAUUUUAUAUUACCACACUUGAGUCUUUUUAAGGAAAUGGUGAUAAACUUCCAUGUAUUUAAAUGUUUGAUUUCAAACCUCUUCAAACUUGACUUGACUUAAUCCUGUGUAGUCCCUAGGGGGCAUAGGGCUGCAACCAUACCUCUUCAAAGCUUUGAGCAAUUUUUUAAAAAUUAAUGUUAUGAGAUUAUUUUGCUGAACAAUUAAUUUUUAUUUUGUUAAUAAGUCUAAAAAGUAUAAUUCUUUAAUGUAUAUACUUCAGCAGUAUAUUUUAAACAACAAAUAAACUCUUUAAUGCAAUCAGCUUGUAGAAUUAACACCAUCAAAAUAUUUUGUGGAAGACUUUGAUCUGUUCUAGAAAAUAAAUUAAAAUUUAUUAUAUAUUUUAUUCAUAUUUUUAAAAUAAUUUUUUUAUUUCUAAAUUUUGACUGGAAAUUGUUGUGUUUUUAAAAAAUAACCUUUAUAUGAAUUCUAAAUAUAAACAAAAUACACUUCAUUUAGUUUUUCUUGUUUUAAGUGAUUUAUGUACAUGUCAUUUAUACCACAUUCAAUGGAAAUAUAAAUGUACCCAUUCGUGUAUAUAAUGUCAACUGUAUUGUAUUGUCUGUUUGUCAUAGAUUGGUGCAAAUGUUCCUGCAUAAAUUCUAGAACCUGGCAUCAUAAAGUGCUAGUUAUGCCACUGAUCUACUUGCAUUUAAUACAAAGCAUUGGGAGCUUCUUCAGUCUUGCCAUUUAUGUCUCUUCUUGUAGUGUGUCUUUCAAUUGGUUUUUUUUUUAUAUACACUAUGCAGCAAUUUGUUUUUAUGUACCUUGGAAAGUGUUGCAUACAUCCAAAAAUAAAUCCUCUGGUUUUCUAAAGGAUCAUUUCAGUGAAACCUGUAAGGCCCAAUGAAUGUAUAUAAAUAGUUUAUACUAUCAAAAGUUUGAUAUUGGUUUAGAUGUAAUUCAACUUUAAAGAGACAUGAAGAACUUUCUAAAAGACGCUUGCUAAAUAAAGGUAACUUGAAUUGAACUCAGUAAAGUGCUGAAGAGUUUUGUCUUAUCAUGCUAAGAUCCUGCCAGUGAAGUGAUAGAAACUAAAGAGCUUACAUGGUUUAGUGGCCUUAAAAAUUAAAAUUGAAAGACUUAAUAAUUCUUUCCAUACAUUUCAAAUCUGACAAAGAUAGAACUUACAGUUAGCACUGUGACUUAUUUUGUUGAUUUUUUUUUAACAAUAUUUUGUCUUUGUAUACAUUGUUUGGUAAUGAUUUCUCUGUUGGUUGUACUGAAAUGUGUCAUUAACAUUCCAAUUUAAUUAGUUAAUAUACUAUUAUAGUCACUUUGUUUGUUUAACCACAGAUAAAAAUUGUAUAUAAAUGUAUGUAUAAUAUUCAAAUAAAUUUUAGAAUAAGU